AUGCUUCAACUCAGAAAGCUCUCUGCAUGGAUAACUGUUGACGGCAAGGAACUUCACGAGUAUGGAGCUGAGAUCUCGGACGAUGGAAAGGAGGCAACUUGUUGGAUACCCUCCAAAGUCGGACAACACUUCGCCGUCAAUUGGAAAAACACGAGCCGAGCGAGCAGACUUCCAACCUCCCUCGGUGCCCGGCUGUUCUUAGACGGCACCGAGUUCUCUGGAGGACACAUGUCCGAGUACCCAACAACCGUCACGAGAAUCGGUGUACCCAGCUCCAACACUACCGUUAAACCCUUCAUAUUCUCAAAGGUUGAACUGACCGACGACGACAACUUCCUUGCAAUGCCCUCUGGAACUGGAGAGAUCAAAAUCCUCAUUUCCGAAGUAACUAUCAAGAAAAACCGCAGGGCGGUUUCAUACAAAGCUGCAGUACCAGAAUUGGCUCAGAAAGUGCAUGAGCGGUCUAAAAAGGGGAUUGUCCAUGGUGUUAGCCUCGCAAACAAUAUACGACGCCCUAAAGGCACUGAGAGCUAUGGCGGAUCAGUUACGAAAACACGUCUUCGAGACUUGGUCACCUUCGUUUUCAAGUAUAGACCAUUGGACAUACUGCAGGCGAACGAUAUUGCGCCUUUGCCUUCAAAGAGAAAGUCCCUCAUGAUGUCCAAAAUUGAGGAUCAAGAGGAAGAACAAGAGACAUUAGCAGAAACAAAACAAGCUUUACAGGCUGCACUGCGACGUAUAGAAAUGUUGGAAUCUUCACAGAAACGCAAGAACAAUCCUGAGCCUGCCCUGCGAAGGGUUAAGAAAGCUCGACAGGACUUAGAGAUCAUCGACCUUACAUGA